GGGCAGUGAAAGGGCCGGUGGGAUAGUGAAACAUUGGAUCCGACAGAAUAAACGAGUGGCGCACCAAAAUGAAGGCCAAAGGAAGUGAAAUUGGAUGAAAAGUAAAUUAUGUAGCGUCAAUGUUCACGAGAAGUUGUAAAACGAGUUGUAUGCACGAUUUUUUUUUAUUUUAUUUUUUACUUUAAACACUUAUUCAACAAUGGCAUGCUAAACGUUUGCACAACUCUCUGAUCCAGAUGCACAUUAGGCCUUGAGCUGGACUUCACACAUGGAUGGACCAUUUCUUUGCCAUAAGGAUCAACUGUACCAAUGGCUCAAGACACACACAUUUACAGAAAUGGCCAAGGUAACAGGGGAAGGUCAGUCAGUGCUACUGAGGAGACCACCCACUACUAUCUGGAGACGCCUUACGGAUACCAGCUGGACCUGGACUUCCUCAAGUACGUGGACGACAUUCAGAACGGCUCCACCAUUAAUAGGCUGAGUAAGAAGCCCCCCAGGGCGACCAACAGCAGGGCAGAAGCGCAAAGUGGCACCACACCCAGCCAAUCAUGGACCUCAUCGGAAUCCCUGUCCUCGGCGAGUAGUGGUGACACGCGGGUGAGUCAGUCUGCCAUGUCGACCGGUAACCGAGGGAGACCCCCUCUUCCUCCACCCCACAGUGCCUCUACCACCAGCAACACCACCCCGUCUAGUCAGGAGGGGUCCUCCGUCCCUCUGAAACCCCAAGAGGGGAAACCUGCCCCGGCUGUCCGCUCCCUGAACACCCCCAGGUUCAACCCUCUAGUGGAGAAGACCCUGGUGGAGACCCGUAGGCGCUUAGAGCUGGAGAAAACCUCCAACACCACCCCAGCCCAGCCCCACCCUGAGCCCCAUCCCCGCCGGCGCCUAGCCAGCUUCGGGGGAGUGGGCUCCAGUGGCUCCCUGUCCACCUUCACCGGCUGGGGUUCCUACAACCAGAACAACAGCGGAAAUGUCAACAAGCCUCAUGCUGAAGGUGAGCUUUCCCUGCCCCUAUCCCUCCACCACGGCUCUUCCUUGGGCAGUGGAGGGUCCCUGAGACCCAGCCCCCAGAGCUCUGGCAGGGAUACCCCAGUCACGGGCCUCAGCCCCCUGCACCUGCAGCAUGUCAGGGACCAGAUGGUGAUGGCCAUCCAGAGGCUGAAGGAGCUGGAGGAACAGGUGAGGAGCAUCCCUGUUCUACAGGUGAAGAUCUCUGUCCUCCAGGAGGAGAAGAGACAGCUGGUCUCUCGGAUGAAGAACCAGGACCAAGAAGAGCUGAGUGACAUGUUCCGGAAGAGAGCCCACAGCACGGGCAGCGCCGGUCGGUUCCGGUUUGGGAAGGGCUCUGAACUUCUAGGGAAACCUGAAGAUGGGCUGGAGAACAAGGCAGAGCACAACAGUACCUCCUCUGGCCUGAAGGAGUUCCAGCAGCUGACUGCUGAGAUGGAGGCUUUGGAGAGGACCAUCAAGGGUGGUCGCUUGCAAGCACGGCAUGGCCUCAACCAGAACACAUUACGCAGCAACUGCAGAGCUCACAAAUCAGUAGACAUCGGCAUUGAUGAAGACUUGGAUGCCAUCUUAGAUGUCAGUUCCUCAAAACAACACGGGGACAUCGCCAUGAAGACCAAGCCCACAGACACACGAUGCAUAGCAACGGGUGUAACUGAGGCCCACCUCGUUGUCACCGUGGAUAAGGGGUCGGAGCUAGAUGCCCAGCAGAGAAUCAUAGAAGCCCUGAAGGAGAGGGUGUGUCAGUUGGAGGCAGAGGUAAAGGAGUCCACCCUGCAGACGGAGAUGGGCAGGCUGAAGCUGGAGCUACAGGCUGCUGGGGCCAGGAACAAGGCUGAUAAAGGCUCCACCGCCAGGCCAUCCACCCACAGCACCUCCACAGCCACGGAGGCCCCGGAGGCCAGGCCCAAGGCCCAGACCAGGAGCCUGGGGGUGGGCAACCACACAGAGGUCCAGGACGCCUCCGCUGGAGGUAGGAUGGAGGUGGAGGGGUGGGGCUGUAGUGUUGGAGUGUCCUGUAGGCCGGAGCUGAAGAGCGUGAGCUCAGGACCAGAGGUACCGAUGACUUGGUGGGUGGUCAGAGAGAGAGUGGAGACCCAGGACCAAUGUGUUGGGAGACAGGUGGUGAUGGUCACCCAAGGUGUGGGGACAGGGGUGAGGGUGUAUGAGGCAGGUGUCAACACAGAUCUGACCAUGGAGAGUUUGGCUGCAGCGAGAAGAAGGGGGAUGGGGGAGUGUCAGUUGGUGUCGGUGGGGAGCGGGGACUGUACGGUCGACGACGUGAUGAGUGCUGUAAAGGAGGUCGGCAUGGCAACCGACCCUCCAGUCAGAGGGGUGGAUUCAGGUGUCAUGGUGUCACCUCAGACGGUCUCCCAGCGCACCAACACAUCACCAACCUUCAGCUCGGUCUCCCGUUUCACAAACACCUGCCGCUUGUUCAACACCACCUCCAGCACAAACACCGUGCUCAACACCCAGGAGAAACACACCAACACUGUGCACACCAUCACCCGGAACAUCGCUGUUGGCAACAGCAGGGUCUCAGAGCUAAUCCAGACCGUUGCUAAGACCCGCUCCGUUGGCAUUGGAACGACCGUGCCAUGGGGAGGAAACUCAGAACAACCAACCCAAACCAAUGCGGCCGUCACCAAGGCAACGACCAGAGACGCUGGGGUCGGGAUGACUAACGUGAACGACAACUUCCUGGUUGGACUGAAAACCCGGAACAUCGCCUGUGGUCCUUCGUGUCUCCCCGACCCCACCAAGACCAGGAGUAUUGGGAUUGGGGUGGGUGAGGGGCGCAUACGGGAUCUUGCAGGACCACCAUCACUGACACAGACAUCCCAUUCUCACCAGGCCCAGGGCCAAUCCCAGUUAGAGCCUGGUCUGGACCACUACAUAGAGAAGAUGCAGUGUCUGCUGAGGGAGCAGCAGGGCCUGCUGACUGAGAGCUACAGUGAACUGGGAGAGGUGUUCAUCCAGCCGGCGUCAGACAACACCACCCUCAUCAUGUCACCCGUCAACUCUGCCAUGAUACAGGGAGGCACGGAGGACAGGCCAAUACCCUCACAAUCCACAGAUUGUGUACAGUUUCAGUCCAUCGCAGGGCCCGGCCAGUUCACUAACACCUCACCUAAGAGAAACACAGAAAGGUCAGGGGUCAGCCAGCAUGUCACUAAGGAGUCAGAGGUCAAGCAAAAGAUACUACGCAUAGAACACCAAACGUCCUCUGCAUUGCACGGUCAGCCCACGACCGCCAACAUGUUGAGGUCCAUCAUGAAGAAACAAGAUGGUGACCGAGGCUACACUGGAACCAGAAAGAGCCUGAAGUUUGUGGGCAUGACCACAGGGUGUGAGUCCAUGUCAACUAGUGAACCAUCCAGCUCUGAAGAAGAAGAGAAGAACGGGAACGAGAGGUGGAGGGAGGUCUGUGGCCUCCAGGAUCGGAGCCGAACGGGCGGGAACAAAGGGGUGGCCAACAGAGAAUGUAGUGGCCAUGGGAGGACGGAGAUACAGGAGAGUUUUCAGUUGAGUGAGAAGAUGUUGUCUGCUUGCCAUGCGCUGAAGACCCAUCUGAGUGACGACCAGAUUUUAUCCAGCAGAGAACUGCGGUCCUGCCUGAACAUGCUGCAGCACGAGUGGUUCCGUGUGUCCAGUCAGAAGUCAGCUGCUCCGGCUGUGGUGGGGGACUAUUUAACGGCGUUCCGGUCAGUUUCUCCAGCCGUGCAGAGACACGUAGCCAACUUGGCAGACGGUAACGGUAACACAGCACUCCACUACAGCGUGUCCCACUCCAACUUCACCGUCGUAAAGAGGAUGCUGCUGGCAGAUGUGUGUAACGUGAACAAGCAGAACAAGGCAGGAUAUACCCCCAUCAUGCUGGCUGCCCUGGCUGCUGUGGAGGCCCCAGAGGACAUGGAGGUGGUGGAGGAGCUCUUCAUUAAAGGAGAUGUUAAUGCCAAGGCCAGCCAGGCUGGUCAGACAGCCCUGAUGCUGGCAGUGAGCCACGGCAGGAUGGACAUGGUGCGGGCCCUGCUGGCCAAGGGGGCAGAGGUCAACCUUCAGGAUGAUGAGGGCUCUACAGCUCUAAUGUGUGCCAGCGAACACGGCCACGCUGAGAUAGUCAGGCUGCUGCUGGCCAAGCCAGGCUGUAACGCCACCCUGAGUGACAGCGAUGAGAGCACGGCCCUGUCCAUAGCUCUUGAGGCUGGACAUAAAGACAUAGCAGUGCUGCUCUAUGCCCAUGUCAACUUCUCCAAAUGCCAGGCCGGGGGAACCCCUCGUCUUGGUAGAAAUACACCCCCCAGUUCCGCUGGAAGAGCCGUCUUUGAAUGAAACUACUCGCAAGCCCCUCAAACCUCCACCCUUGCUGCUACACAUAGACGUAUGCUUAGUGUAUGGAAUCAUUUGUGAAGGUUCUAUGUGGCCCUUUAUAUAGGGUUUAUGAAGGCUUCAAAGUUUGUUUUAAAGAUGAUGCCCUCAUAUCCAAGCACUCAACAAGCGAUCUGAGACCACAAUUGUAAAUGUUAGCCUAAUGAAACGAACGAAUGAUGUAGCCUAUAUGGACGGCCUCUUCUCUUGUCCAGGUUGACAGCCUGAAACUUAGAGGUUGCUAGGCAAAUCACUCUCCUACAGUAAUUAUAUCCCCACGACCCGUGGCCUUUCUGUGUAGUUUAAUUUCUGACAUUUUAGUCUCUAGAUUGAAUACAUUGCAUAUACAUGCAGAUAAUUUCUUUCUAUGCCCUCAAUCAUCAAUAUAUUUGCAUAUAUUUUCUAUGUCAUUGUAUAUAUCAUAUAUUUAAGCCCAUUGGAAGUACAGUUAUACAUUUACAAUUAGUAUAUUAGUGUUAAAUGUUUCAUUGUUAGUAUAAUGCUCUGUGCCUUAUGCUUUUAAAUAAUACAAUAAACUGAAGUACCUCAAUAUCUUCCAUGUGAUUUUGACCCUUUCUAAAUAAACAACAGGAAAGAUAGUUGAUAUUUGUACCUGGUGCCACCUGCUGGGACUUUCUGGUUGAACAGCUUCAGAACAUCACUGUGUGAGAAACAGAACUAUGUAAUGUUUCCUCCUGGUGGUGCUGUGGUGAAUGGUUAUGAUAUAACGCAACAGGAAAAUAUUUCUACAUUGUUAAAAACCAACACAUACCGCUGAUGCCGGGGAGUAUCAGGUGAAUUCUACAUGCCGGAAAGGUUUACUUUUUGCAAUACAAAAGCCUUCUCAAAUUCUGCUUCCUUUGUCCUAGAGAGGCUGCAUAUUUUAUUAUCUUCUGUUUGCUCUUCUGUUCACCGUGGUCCGAGGGCGAGGAAGUAGUGCUAGCAACAGGAUUCAUUUGUGAAUGUCAUCACAGUAUUUCUCUGACUCACUCAGUAGGGCCUCACAGAAGUUUUCCAAUAGUUACAGCAGUAUUGUCUGCAACAAACCAUUCAUCUGGGGACCUCACCUCUAAAUGGUCAUUGUCUGGUUCGUUUCAUUUCCUUCAGAAGCUAACAGAGAGCGAGGGCAACUCUGAUUGUAGAAAUUUUACUUGAGGUAAGAGGAUGCAAGUCUAACUUUAGCGCAAACCCCAUCUCCCUCCCUCCCACCUGCAGAAUUGACAGCCUGCCCCCAUUAGAACUUAUGUUCUGUUCUUAAUGUUCUCCAAAUGCUGAGAAAUGUGUCUGAGUAUUUGGAAGCGAGUGAAGGUGAUUAGCAGUUUCCCCUCAUUAAAACUGAGGGAUUAAAUGAGAUGAAGCAGAUACCUCCGCCCAUUCAUCUCCAUCCUAGGAUGUGUCCCAAAUGGCACCCUAUUCCCUUUAGAGUAGGAAACUAUAUAGCCCAUAGCUUUCUGGUCAAAAGAAGUGCACUACAUUUGUGUGUGUGUGUUUGAGCGAGCGUGCUUGAGCAUGUCCCUCAAUUCCAUCUUCACAUUCAUAUGCACAAACACAUACCGACACAAACACACACUUGUACACUAAUCAUAUGCUGUUGCUACUGUUCUUUAUUGUACCACUGUUAUUAUAUUCUGAUGCCUAGUCACUUUACCCUGUCUUCAUGUACAUAGUGCCUUCAGUGAGUAUUCACACCUUUUGCCACAUUUUGACUUUUGCCACAUUUUGUGUUAUAAAGUGGGACUAAAAUGGAUUUAAU